AUGGCCCCUAGAAAGAUUAUUAUUGAUACCGAUCCCGGCAUUGAUGACAUCCUUGCCAUUCUUCUGGCUCUGUCUGCUAAGCCUGAAGAGGUUGAGAUUCUACUGAUCUCCCUCACCUUCGGUAACAUUGAGGUUAAAAGCUGCCUACGAAAUGUCGUAUCCAUGUUCCAUAUCCUUGAGCGAGAGAUGAAAUGGCGCCGAGAUCAAGGCCGGCCGGAAGGCUAUGGCACUCUCCGCGCUUCUCCCCCAGUCGUUGCCGUAGGAGCAGCGGAUCCCUUGGAGGACCAGAAGAUGCUGGCUGAUUACUUUCAUGGCAUGGACGGUCUGGGAGGCAUUCAUGCCAGUCAUCCCCACUUAACCCCUGAAGAGACUUGGGAACAUCUCUUCGACCCUUCGGCUGAUCCAAACGUGGUUGAGCCUGUCCCAACGGGCGAUCCGGCCCAUCGCUCAUUCAUUCCUUCGAAGCGUCCCGCGCACGAGGAGAUUCUUCGUAUCCUAAGAGAGAAUGACCCUGACACCGUCACACUCGUGGCAGUUGGUCCUCUUACUAACCUUGCAUUGGCAUCUUCUGCUGAGCCGGAGACCUUCCUCCGGGUUAAGGAGGUGGUAGUAAUGGGAGGGGCAAUUAACCAACCGGGAAAUGUUACUCCAGCUGCAGAAUUCAAUGCAUACGCAGACGCAGUCGCUGCUGCCCGAGUUUAUGCCCUCACAUCCCCUUCUCCCAAGAGUACACUGCCGCCCGGGACAAGUCUGGCACAGUAUCCCCCGAGGCUUAGCAAACAACUCACUCUUCGUAUAUUUCCCCUGGACAUUACCUUAAGGCAUAAUGUGACGCAGGGUCAGUUCCGGAAGACUAUUAAACCGCUCCUGGAGGCCGGAUCGCCACUGGCUGAAUGGGUCUCUGCUUUCAUGGCCCAUAGUUUCCGUACGCUGGAGAGAUUGCAUCCAGGGCAUACGGGUGAUGUUGCAGAACUUAGUAUGCAUGACCCGGUGUGUGUCUGGUAUGCGAUGACCGCCGAACAUGACGGCUGGAAACCUUCAGCGACAUCACCAGAAGACAUUCGCAUUGAAACUACUGGGCAGUGGACGCGGGGCCUGUGUGUCGUCGACCGACGAAACCGACACCGUAUUGAAGCUGAGGAGGAGAGCCCAACUGAUCAAGGUCUAUGGCUGAGUCAGUCGGCCGGAAACCGUGUUUGGAGAAUGGAUAACUCCCCAGUGGAAGACACCUUUGGCGAUGUGCUCCUCCAAAAAUUGUUCACAUGA